UGGAAAGUAGAGGACUGAUGCUAUAUCAUCAAGUGCGCCUAUCGCACUGCGUUACAAUGUGCCAGAGAGACCAGAUUGGCACAAAUGCAGCGACCAAGUCUGGACUCGUAUUACGGCCGUGAGUAAAAUAACGUCGAACAGUACAACCAGAACUGCCAAGGACUCCAAAGUAGUCGUAUGGAAGUUUGAAUAUCCGUAUGAACAGAGACUGAAAAUUUUGUUGUUUUCUUCGACUUUAGAAAUAGGCUGUAUUUUACAAAGAACGGCGCCGGAAAGCAGUAAUACUUUCUUAUUACAACUAAUCUCCACGUUGCUAAUCUCCACAGACGAAAAUGUUAUUCAAGAAAUUUGAAAUGAUCAAAGUACGAUUUUGCGUCACGGAAGAACAAUUGAAUUAAUCGCCUCAGAAACAACAAUCAGGACCCACAAACGACCACACCAGUUCCUUAAGACCGCUGACAGAUAGUCUAGCAGCCAAGCUACUGCCGAUACUUCCUGUCACAAUGAGAGAAUACACAUUUGGACUGGGUGUGAAGUGAUCUCAUGAACCACGAGUAAAAAAUACGACACUAACUCCAGAAUUUACCCACGAUAAACAACAUUCUGCAUUUCAAGUUCUGUUUCAUUUUGCAACCACCUUGUGCAUGCCGAUUCAACAUAGUUUGUAAAAUAAUUAGUUCGUUAUCACAUAUAUGUAAUCAUUUCGGCGAAUUAUUGUUCAGACAUCGAUGUACAAGCAACCUGACAUAAGAAUAUUGCAAUUUAGCACCUUACCACCAAGCUAUUUCUGUGGAGCGGUUUAGUGACAGAACGAGGACUGUUUAGCAUUGAACUCACGGCAUCAUCUCCAGAACAAUGUGGUGGAGCACCUUAAGGAAUUUACCGUUCUUUCAAAUCUGAGUCGGAUUCAGAACCAAGGACAGAUCCAAAAUCAAAUAGCCUCAAGACGCAGAAACUUCCUCAACUGACUAAAGGACCAAUUUCGGAAAGUACCUUUUCUCUUGCCAUUGUCUACAGUACAAACUUAAUCAAAAGCAGCGAUAUAAGAAUUCAGAAACAACGGACUACUGGACUCGUUUUCCAAAGAGGUCUGAACUUGGAGCAGUUUGUUUAAAUGACAGGCGAAGGUUUGAAUGGCCUACUGUAAGGGCGUGAGAAUCAAAUGAAAAAGAUGUCAUUGUUGCUGGAGGAGGACUUCAUAAUGGUGACAAAACACUGAGCCUCUACACCUCUGCAGUGCUGUAACUCUAAGCCCCCUCCGGAGAGAAGUUCCCCGACGCAACGCCAAAAUGACCGCCGCGAGGCUCAGGCUCAGGCUCGGCGUGGCGCUAACCCCCCAGUGGUCGCUUUGCCUCCCCAUCAUCCUGCUCUCCCUCCUCGUCCCUGAAACCCUGCCCUCGUCCGGCUACACCCCGGGGGCCAAGCGCGAGAUCACCAUGGAGGGGGACCUGGUGAUCGGGGGCCUCUUCCCCGUGCACGAGAAAGGCGAGGGCACCGAGGACUGCGGCAAGAUCAACGAGCAGCGCGGCAUCCAGCGGCUGGAGGCCAUGCUGCUGGCGCUGGACGAGAUCAACCAGGACCAGCGCAUCCUGCCGGGCCUCAGGCUGGGCGCCCACAUCCUGGACACCUGCUCCAAGGACACCUACGCCCUGGAGCAGUCGCUGGAGUUCGUCCGCGCCUCCCUGACCAAGGUGGACGAGACCGAGUACAUCUGCCCCGACGGCUCGUACGGGAUCCACGACGACUUCCCUCUGGCCAUAUCAGGGGUCAUCGGGGGAUCCUACAGUGACGUGUCCAUCCAGGUGGCCAACUUGUUAAGGCUCUUCCAGAUCCCACAGAUCAGUUACGCCUCCACCAGUGCCAAGCUCAGCGACAAGACACGCUACGACUACUUCGCCCGCACCGUGCCGCCGGACUUCUACCAGGCCAAGGCCAUGGCAGAGAUCCUGCGCUACUUCAACUGGACCUACGUGUCCACGGUGGCGUCGGAGGGCGACUACGGCGAGACGGGCAUCGACGCCUUCCAGCAGGAGGCCCGCGCCCGGCAGAUCUGCAUUGCCACUUCCGCCAAGGUCAGCCGCUCCAUGAGCCGCUGGAGCUAUGAGGCGGUCAUCCGCUCGCUGCAGCAGAAGUCCAACGCCAAGGUGGUCAUCCUCUUCACGCGCAGCGAGGACGCCCGCGAGCUGCUGGUGGCGGCCGCCCGCAUGAACGUCAGCUUCGUCUGGGUGGCCAGCGACGGCUGGGGGGCGCAAGAGAGUGUGGUGAGGGGCAGCGAGCUGGUGGCCGACGGGGCCUUCACCAUCGAGCUGGCCUCCUACCCCAUCCGGGAGUUCUCCGACUACUUCACCAAGCUGGACCCGUACAACAACACCCGCAACCCCUGGUUCCGCGAGUUCUGGGAGCACCGCUUCCAGUGCAGCCUCCGCGAGCCUGCCUGUGCCCGCCGCUCGCUGCGCGAUGGCAGCUUCGAACAGGAGCCCAAGAUCAUGUUUGUGGUGAAUGCCGUCUACGCUAUGGCCCACGCCCUGCACAACAUGAGGCAGGCCGUGUGCCCCAACACCACCAAGGUCUGCGAGGCCAUGAAGCCUGGCAACGGGAAGCGCUUCUACAGGGAAUUCAUCCUGAAGACCAAGUUUGAUGCCCCCUUCCGGCCUGCAGACACGGAAGACAUGGUCCGCUUCGACAGCGUCGGGGACAGCAUCGGCCGAUACAACAUCUUCCAUUACCACCAAGAGGACGGCAAGUACAUCUACAGGAAGGUGGGAUAUUGGGCGCAAGGCCUCACGCUGAACACCACCCUCAUCCCUUGGGUGAACCAUGUGCCUCCCACCUCACAGUGCAGCGACCCCUGCAGGAAGAAUGAGAUAAAGAGCAUGCAGCCGGGGGACGUGUGCUGCUGGAUCUGCAUCCCCUGCCAGCCCUACCAGUACCUGCUGGACGAGUUCACCUGCAUGGACUGCAGCUUCGGCCAGUGGCCCCUGGAGAACCUGAGCGGCUGCUACGACCUGCCGGAGGAGUACAUCCGCUGGGAGGACGCCUGGGCCAUCGGCCCCGUCACCAUCGCCUGCCUGGGCAUGGUGUGCACGCUCUUCGUCAUCGGCCUGUUCGCCAAGCACAACGACACGCCGGUGGUGAAGGCCAGCGGGCGCGAGCUCUCCUACAUCCUGCUGCUGGGCGUGCUGAUGUGCUACAGCAUGACCUUCAUCUACAUCGCCAAGCCGUCGGCCGUCGUCUGCACCCUGCGCCGCCUGGGCCUGGGGACCUCCUUUGCCGUCUGCUACUCGGCCCUGCUGACCAAGACCAACCGCAUCGCGCGCAUCUUCAACGGCGUGAAGGACGGCGCCCAGCGGCCGCGCUUCAUCAGCCCCACCUCGCAGGUGGUCAUCUGCAUGGCGCUCAUCUCCUGCCAGCUGGUGGUGGUGGUGGUGUGGCUGCUGGUGGAGGUGCCCGGCGCCCGCAAGGAGGUGAGCCCCGAGCGGCGCGACGUGGUCACGCUGCGCUGCAACAGCAAGGACUCCAGCAUGCUGGUGUCGCUCACCUACAACUGCGUCCUCAUCGUCCUCUGCACCGUCUACGCCUUCAAGACCAGGAAGUGCCCCGAGAACUUCAACGAGGCCAAGUUCAUCGGCUUCACCAUGUACACCACCUGCAUCAUCUGGCUGGCCUUCCAGCCCAUCUUCUACGUCACGGCCAGCGACUACAGGGUGCAGACCACCACCAUGUGCAUCUCUGUCAGUCUGAGUGGGUCAGUGGUGCUGGGCUGCCUCUUCGCCCCCAAGAUCCACAUCAUUCUAUUCCAGCCCCAGAAGAACGUGACCACGCUCCGAGCCACCACCAACCGCUUCAGUGCGACCGGGCCUGGAUCCAGCUACUCGCAAGCUUCAGCCUCAAACUACGUGCCAACAGUGUGUAACGGCCGAGAGGUGGUGGACUCCACGACAUCUUCCCUGUGAAGAUUGAAGGCAGCUCCGCCUUCUGGGCCAAAUACACACAACAUAUAAUAAGUGGAAAACAAACCCCUCAUUCACUCAGGUUUCUAAAGGCAUAAAUGUGCAUGUUGUCUGGUGGAAACUUGAACUUACAUAACUUGUAACUUGUACAUUUGUAAUAACUUGUAAAAACUGGAAAACACUGGUAGCAUUUUAGGAAGAAAGCUAAAAUAAAAGCUCAGACACUAUGCCAAAUGAAAGUUUUAUUAUAUUGGGUUAUUUAGUGGAUUCAUCCAAAAUUGCAGUCUGGGGCAUGUUGAACUUCUUGGCACACAGUGCACACUUGUCUGUGAUCAGUCCAUGCAUGUCAUGUAUGGUGCAAUGAACCAAUGAGGAGAGAGUGCAGGUUCUGUUUUAAGGGAAAUGCAACAUGUCCAUGGCCAGAUUCUUUGCUUAUAGGUUUUCCAGUUUUCAUCAUAUAUUGUAGGAUGCACCAGAUAGCUUAAGAAACCUUUGUGAACGAGAGGGCAAGUGUUACAAAUAUGCGAGUGAUGUCACUGCAGAUCGACCUGAUCUUGUUGUCCAAUAAGUAUUGUGAAUACAAUGUCCCAAUUCUGUUCUUUUGUUUGACUAGUACUAUAACAAAAAAAAUACUACUAAUAAUGAACAAAACCAUUCAGUAUACCCCU